AUGGAUCCUGGAGUCAGUGCACCGUCUGCUGCUGCGAGUCGCCCCAUCGACCACUCCAAGUGGGACCAGGUGGGCGAUCGCAGCGAUAAGGAUGAGAGAGAGAGUGGCAGUCAGAAAGAGGAGGUUGCCGCGGGGAGGAAUAAGAGCGAACCCGAUAGAGAGGGUAAGCUGAUCCCAUCCAGUUCUGGCUGCUCCAAGUCCGAGUCUCCCUGCCUCUGCUGCUUCAACCGGGUGCUUGGCACCCAGGGCAAACUGGCUCUUGCCAUUCCCAGCCUCAACGACUUUCGCCGCCACUUGCUUCAGCAACUGCCCAAGUCCAUUCCCCUCGCAUCACCAGACAGACAGGGACUAGGUAGGCCGCUGGGAGGUGAUACGGGAGAUAACGCAGCAAGAGAGGGAGCAAAAGUACGGGCGGAGAAGCAGAAGGGGGCAGCCGAGAUGGGAGCAGCAGGAGGCGUUGGUGAGUACAGACCUGAAAGCGCCCCUCACCUUUGCGCAGAGGCGAUGCUGCUUGAGUGGAUGGCUGAGCCUCGUGUGGGCGUGUUGAUGGACCUGGGGAGGAUCAGAACCCUCCUUCUUGCAACCGUUGCUGCUACAGAUGCUCCUGCUCUUGCCUCCUUUACAGGCCUCUUCGCUCCUAUUGUGGAGGAGCUAGGGGCACACAGGCAGGGAGAGAAAGAUAUUAUGGCAUCGGUGCUGGUGCAGGUGCUGGGGGUGAAGGGCGGAGAGGAGAAGAAUGACGGGUUUAAAGCCCAUGUGCUGCCGCUGCUGCCUGGUGGUGCAGAGGCACACAGAGAGAGCGAGGGUGGAGCAGGGGAGGAUAGGGGAAAGGGCGGAAUAGCGGAUGGCGGGAGAAAAGGGAGGAAUGCGGGGAAGCGGGAGGCAGGGAGAAAGGGUGGAAGGCGCGGAGGGGAAGGUGAUGGUGGUGCCGGCAGCAGUGGGGAGUGGAGGCAGGGGCUGGAGGGUCCUGUGUGGGACAGGUCCGGCACCUUGCCGGAGCCCCUGCUUCGGCAAGGCUCCUCUUGGGAGUGGGAAGAGUUACCUGCUGGCGAUGAAGCUGCUAUAAAGCUUGCUGAUGACGUGCAAGGGAGGAUUCUAUAUAAGAAAAUCUUUGAGAAUGUGUAUCGGGUCAUUGUGGACUGA